GAGAGAGAGAGAGAGAGAGAGAGAGAGAGAGAGAGAGAGAGAGAGAGAUAUAUAUAUAUCUCAACCGCGAUUGAUCGAGGAAGAGACACCCUUGGGAUUUGUGAUCAAAAUUUCUAGGGAAACACAAACUUCAUUUAGUCUCUUGGUUUCUAAAUACGUUACAGUGCUCGACAUAAAAGCAUAUAGAUUUUUAAUAUAAAACCAAUGCUAUUCAAAGCUAUUCUUGAGGUGAAACAUUUAUUGUGGCAGUAAUGAUUCUAUUGAGAUUUGAUUGUUUCGAAAGUUAGAAUAUGUGUAUAAAAAAAAGAAGGCAAUUAUAGCAAAAACUACAGAAUGGAAUAGCAACACUGUAAUUGGCACUAGAUUCUUCAACGGGAUACUUUAAGAUAUAAAUGAAGAUACAUAUCUUAAGCAAAAAAGUAAAAAAUAAAGGCUGAAGAAGAAGAAAAGGGAAAAGAUGCCGAAUCCCGAAAUCAAUAAACGCGAUCACAAUUACAGUGAAUCGAAACCUCAACAUGCCAACAAUGGUAAUGGUGGCGCUAUCUGCAAGAUAUCCAAGACAGGAUCUGUCGGGGGUCAGAUUAGAGACAUCAACGAACUGAAGAAGAUUGCGCCGCGCGUUCGUCUACAGGACACUGAAAGUUUGAACGAGUUGACGAGAAUCUCUUCUUUAAGUAACAGUAAAUUACAGCAGAACGAUAUAUCCGUUCUCGAGAGAACGCGGCAAGAACUGAGAAAAUACUGCCGCACCUGCGCUGGCCUAAAACUGCCCUUGGUGGACAUCUUUAGUGAAAAGGGCAUUAAAUUGCGAUUGAGUCAGCAAAUCAAGCAUCUCGAAGUGAAUCCUUAUGAUAGUCUCUCGACACAGAUGUGCAUGGACUGUAUCUGCGAUCUUAGAAUGAGUUAUAAAUUUUUCAUGCAGAUAAAAAAAGCUGAGAUAAAAUUGAAAUCUAUCCAUGUCAAUCUCAUGACUGAUAAUGCCACGAAGAAAGUAACGUUGAUCGACGAGUCUUCGACAAUAAAAGAGGAGAUGCAAUCAUCUUAUAUAGAAACAAAGCAGGAAUAUCAAUUAUCCUCUACAAUCCAACAAAACCUAUCUUCAUUGUCAUCGAAGCAAGAAAACCAAACAACUCCCGGAAAUCAAGCAGAUGACUCUGUUCCAAAAAUUUGUGCCAUCUUUUCGUUGAAGGACGAAUCGAAGGUAAAAUCUGGAAAGGAGAAGGAAGACAAUGACGAAAAGGAGGAGGAGGAGGAGGAAGAGGUACAGAUAGGCGGAGGGAUAUUUGAGGAAGUGGCAGAGGGAGAGGAUGAAGAAUCUAUCGAGGAAUUUGAUCCUGAAGACCCUGCACUCCUGGAAGAUGAAGAAGAAGAAGAAGAGAAAAAAUCUCCAAGAUCCCCAACAACCGUCUAUAAGUACGAUAUGGCAGCAAAGUCUUACGUGAGGUUGGAAAGAAGUGAAGAGGGAGUUUCUGUGAAAUCUGGAGCUUCCCAGACUUUGGAAGGUGACGGAGAAAAUCAAAGAGAUGGAAUAAGCAAGCCAAAUAUCUUGAAGAGAAAAUUAAUAAUGCCAACGGUAACGACGAAGAAUGGUGGGGAGGAGGAGGAGGACGAGGUACAAAGUAUCGAAGAGCGCAAAGUGCAAAAGUUAGACACAAACAGUCUCUCGAAUGUGAAUAGUCCUCUAGAAGAGGAUGGAAUUAUGUACGUAACUGUAAAGGGCUCCAAACCGAACGAGUUUCUUCUAGUGAAGGUCAAGAAAGUGGACAAACCCAUGGAAUCAAAGCGCGCGGUAAUCUCCACUGAUUUUAAGCCUGUCGAACGUCUCCUCAAACGUUAUGAAACGUUGACAUCGAAAGAUUUCUCAUCUCGACGUCCUGACGGCCGCGAGCAAAUAAUUGAAGAACAAAUCGAAGAAUAUAAAAAGAAACGAGAAAAGGUUCUUGGAGGUCAGUCGGUAGUGACGUUCACCGUGAACGAAACGCAAAAAGAAGUACAGCAGGAAGAAAUUUCCUCCAAGUCAAAUUUUGAAAAGGCAGAAGAAAUGACACUUUUGACAAAAGUGGAAGUUGGAGUGAAGGAGGAGCGGGAGCAAGAGCAAGAGGAGGAGGAGGAGGAGGAUAAGGAGGAGGAGGAGGAGCAGGAGCAGGAGCAGGAGGAGCAGCAGCAGGAGGAGGAAGAGGAGGAGGAGGACGAGGAGGACGAGGAGGAGGAGGAGGAGAAAGAAGAGGGGAAUGGAGAUGGGGAUGGAGAUAAAGAAGAGAAAGAGUUUUGGAAUAAGAUGGAAAAUAUUGACGAAAGUCAAGAAAAGGUCCAUGAAUAUACAGAGGAAUAUCUUUCAAAGUUAUCAAGAUUGAAAUUAAAGUGGGAAGAGACGAAACGGAAAAAGGAAAGUUUACAGAAGGAACUGAACGAGUCGUAUAGCGAAGGGAACUUGGAGAAAUUGGCAAAAGUCUUGGGGGAAAAGGAAAAGAAUCUGCAGGAAUUCCAAGAGUACUUGAAGCAGCGUAAAAUCGUUCUUACUCGCCUCAAGGACGAAGACAUAAUCUCUCUCUAUGAAGAUCGAUUCUCCACUACUUUAAAAUCGUCCUCUAAAUUGCUCCCAGACCUUAUCGACACUCAACCUCCCGUCGACCCGCUUUCCGAAGAGCGCUAUUUAGAAUGUGAUUAUUGUUCCGAAACCUUCUCCAACCGCGAUGUUCUCGAGGAACAUCUCAAGUCCCACGACUACCGUAUCCUUCAUUGCUGCGACGACUGUGGGGAAGAAUUUCAAACCCAGAAAGCGAAAAGAAAUCAUAACGUGAUAUGUGUGAGGAAAUUAAUUUGCAAAUUUUGCGACAUAAUUCUGGAUUCCAGAGGGAAAAAACGUCAACACGAGCAGAAACACGUUGACGCUCUUUAUGGUCAACUUUGCGAGAUUUGUGGCGAGAGAUUCAAACACCAAGGAACUCUGGACCAGCACCUGAAGACGCAACAUACGAGUUUGGAAAAGAUUUAUCCGUGUCCAAAGUGUCCGAAAAGAUUUGCUUUUAAACAAAAACUGAGCUUUCACCUAAAAUCUGUUCAUACAACUUUGAGAGCGUACCUUUGUGAGGAUUGCGGUGCGGAUUUUAAGAAUCCUGCGAGCUUGAGACAUCAUAGAAUCAGAAAACAUCAACCGGUUGGAAAUAAAAGGGAAUGUCAAGUUUGCAGCAAAUUGGUGCCGUUUUACAGUUUGUCCAAGCACAUGCACACACAUAAAGCUUACAGUAUCCAGUGUCCACAUUGCGACAAAAUGUUCAAAAAUAGCUCGACCUUGAAGCAACAUGUGAGAAUUCACGAAGAUCAAAGGCAGUAUCGUUGUGACACCUGCGGCGUUGGAUUUAAUCGGAGAGACGGUUUGAGGCUGCAUAUGAGAGUGCACGAAAAAACUGGUAGUAGAGGCUUGAAAGAGUGUUCCUGCCAAGUAUGUGGCGAAAAGUUUCCGAAUCAUUCGACUUUGGUGAUUCAUAGGAACAGAGUGCACAAAGAUGGGAGGCAGUAUACGUGUCACAUUUGUAACAGGUCGAUGAUUUCGACGAGAUCGCUCGAGUGGCACAUGUCGCACAUUCAUAACGAGUCGAUGCCAGGUAUUAUCCGCGACGCGUCUGGUCUGCCUGAAAAAAAACGGGUUUCCUGCUAUCACUGCAAUAAGACCUUCAAGACGGAACUAAUUCUUCGCACACAUAUUAAAAAUACGCACAUGGAGAAGGACCCGUUGAAGUGCACCGACUGCGAGGAUAUUUUCACAUCUGAAGUACGUUUACGUCAUCACAUGAUGGUCGUGCACAAUCGUCUCGAGGGUACUUUGGCAUGCCCUCAUUGUCCGAAACGAUUCGUGAACCAAUUAAGGCUAAAGACUCACAUGAUUUCUCAUUCUGAGGAAAGGCCGUAUACCUGCGAGGUCUGCGGUUUCAACCUGAAGACAAAGAUCCAACUGAUCAAGCAUCAUCAAAACCGACACAGUGACGAGAGACCUUUGCAGUGCAGGUACUGUCCUUGGCGAUGCAAGCAAGUGAGUGCCCUCGUUUGUCACGAACGCACGCAUACCAAUGAACGCCCAUAUUCGUGCAGCGUUUGCCGGCAACGCUUCAAAUAUCUCGGUGACAAAAACAAGCAUGAACGUCGUCACGAGAGCCUCGGUGGUUCAGGCUUCAAGCGUAUCGUACCCGGAAGAAAUGUCAAACCGAAAGUACGCGCCGCCGACGAUUCCUCCGGAUCUGAGCAGGAACCGGGCUCGCUCAAGGAUUCGGCGAAGGAGCAAUACGAGGAGCAGCAGGAAGGACAAUACGAUCAGAAAUUUUCGGAGGAACAGAUGGUCAAAUUCGAACGGGAGCAGAUUGUCAAGUUUGAAGGUCAAGAGGAAUACGAACAAGCGGUGUACGAGCAGGAGUAUGAAGAAACUUCGAGAGAAGCAUCGGAAGCUACCGAGGUAAUUAUGAACAUGGAGGAUUCCACGGUGUACACGGAGGAGGUUACGGCUGAUAAUAUAGAGCCUAGCGUAGAGAUCAUGACGGACGAGAUAAUGACGAGUGACAUUCUACAAUCUGGCACUGCUGUGAUGCAUCUGCAAGGUUGCAAUAAUUCCUCGGGGGAGAUUCAAGUGAUACCAGUGAUGCUGUCCCUGCCCGAGCUGUCCGACGCAACCACUGAAGUAAAUCUCGCGACCGCGUCAAUCAUGUAUAAUAAUUAGAUUUGAUUUGUCUCUCGGCAGAGUUUCCUAUACAUUGAACCCGUACUCGUAAAAGAUGAUUGAAUCUUUAAGUCUUUGGAUUCUGCUUAAUCUCUUUGAUUGAUGUGCGGUAAGAUUGGCUGUUACGUGGACCAUCCAUGUGUAAAUAAUGUCACCGCAUUAAAGGUGGGACUUGUCGUAUUUGAUUUCUCAUAGUCUGCAUUUUUAACCGUCCCAUCUCAUGGGGAAAUCCCGCAAAAUUCAAGAAAUCCUAUACAAUGCGAUUUCAUAAUUGACAUUUCUUAAAUUCUAGAGUUUCUGAGAUUUCGCGUAGGUUUUCAAAUUUUUUAUUUCCAACUAGAACAUUUUCUAGUCCUAGGAUGAUCCUAAUUUAUAGGAAAUUACAAAAAAAAAAAACCGUUAUAUCCUCUGAAAUCAUUAAAUUCUAAUGCAGGAUACUCUAUAAAAUGUACAUCUUUUCUUUUUUAAACCUCUCUUACAAUAAAGAAAAUAGUAACGGAAUAUUUUACAAUUUACAACAAGGAGAGAGAAAUUGUCAGAGAUGAUUGACGAAAUCCUGUUUUGAAAGAAAGUCCUGAAAAAAUUACACAUAAAAUUGUGAAAAUAUCAAAUAUUGGAGAUUACAGAAUGCAAAGAAGGAAAGAGAAAGAUUCCGGAUAGAGAAGAAACUAGAGGAAUCGAAAAUUUUCAAAUAAAAAGAAAUAAAAAUUCUCUAAAGCAUUUAUUUCCAGAAGAACUUGUGUAAAAAAAACUUGGUGAAACAGUUGCAAGAAGAGAUACGUAUGACAUUUAAAAAUUGAUACGUACGGAGUCUCUCAUUGAAAGAAAAGGUGCAAGAUUACGCGUAAGAUGUGUGGAAAAGAAACGAAGACUUAUACGAAAGCGCUUGUUUUGUAAAAUAGCGCGAUACACUAUGUAAACUAUCUUGUAUAAAUCAGUGAAAAAGAGUGUGACGUGCGUGUGCGUAUAUGUGUUGUGCAUUAAAAGAAUCAUUCUGUAUCGCUAUAUCUUUUUCAAGAUUGUAUCGCACGCUUGUUGUCAUACGGAACCAUUUGUCUAUUCUCUAUUUGCAUUUUCUGCACCUUUUUCUUGUAUUCUUUUAGAGCGAAAAACUAUUAUUAUUAUUAUUAUUUUCCGUCAUCUUCUUCUCCUUUCAAUACUUUGAGUGCAAAGAGUAAAAAAAAAAGGUAAAAUUAAAACAGUUGUAUCUUAUUGGAAGCUUGUUGUAUUUUAUCCAUUGAAAUCACAGAAUAUGAUUCUAUUUCUUUUAGCUGCAUUUUUUCCUUUAUUUCAAACCUUGAAUGUAUUUACCUAUUAACUUAUUUCAAGUGUAGGAAAUGCAACUAGAGAGAAUAAGUCCUAGUAAUAGGACUUAAAUAUUUUCACUACGUGUUCUUGUACUCUUUCCCUUUCCUCCAAAUCUCGAAUUUACCUUUCUAGACUAGAUAUAUUACUCAUUCACUUUAAAUGCAGAAAGUGUAACAUAACACAGCUU